CCCUUGGAUUCCUCGAUGCGGAGCCGUGGCCUGAAUCCCCCGCACAGGGUCAAAGCCAUCUCUAUGACCACCUUCACGGAGAGGGAGGUGCAGUUCCUGCAGUCCCGUGGGAAUGAGGUCUGCCGGAAGAUCUGGCUGGGCACUUUUGACUCGCGGACAUCCUUGCUGCCAGAUUCCCAAGACCCUCAGAAAGUGAAGGAGUUCCUGCAGGAGAAAUACGAGAAGAAGAAAUGGUACAUCUCGCCGGAGCAGGCCAAAAGCUUGCCCUCCUGGACGGCUCAGACCUCCCCCGCGGAGGCCAAGGCGCUGCUGGGGGACGCGGGGCCGGCAGCUGCGGUGGCCAGGCCUGCUCAGGCUCUGGACAAAGCCCCGCCACAGCUCCCCCAGGCCGCCAAGAAGGCCAGCAUGGACCUCCUGGCGGACAUAGGGGGGGACCCCUUUGCGGCCCCCCCACCCGGGCCCACCUUCCCCGCCUUCCCCGCCUUCGGGAGCCAAGUGCCCGGCCCGGCGGCCUUCGCCAGCUUCGAUGCCUUUGGGGGGAGCCCUGCAGCAGCCGCUUUCGGGGACACGCUGGCCUCCAGCCACAGCCCCUUUCAGAGCCAGCCCAUGCCAGCAGGAGGCAGCCACGUGAGCGGCUUCGCGGCCUCCCCUGCCAGCCAGCCGGUGAUGGGCGUUCCCGACAUGGGGGGCACCUUCCGAGUCGGAGGCGUCCCGAGCAGCGUCUUUGGGGCCCUCAGCCAGUCGCCCGUGCUGCCCCCACCCAGCCCGGCCCCAGCGUAUGGGGCCUGCAGCAACCCCUUCGCCGCCGCCUCCCAGCCGGCGCUGCCUUCCACUAACCCUUUCCAGACCAACGGCUUGGCCCCAGGCGCCUUCAUGGUCGGCUCCCCCAGCAGCUUCUCCGGCAUCUUCGCUUCGCCAAUGCAGCCGCAGCCGCCCCUCUUCCCUCCCCAGGUGGUGCUGGGACAACAGCAGAACGGCGGGUCCCCCUUCAGCGGGUUUCCCAGACCGAGGCCCCCUGGACAGCCAGUUGGCAUCUCUACCAACCCCUUCGUGACGCCGAUGGCCGCGGCACCCGCCGGCCCCUUCACUGUGGCAAAGCAUCCCCCCACCAACCCCUUCUUGUAGCGCCGGCGUCGCCAGAGCCGCCCCCCGCUUGCCCCGUGCGUGGGAGAGUCCCCGCCAGGGCCCUGCCUCUGCCCGCCUGGGGUGCGGGCGCUUCGCUCUCUGCUGCCUGAGCGGGGGCCGGGCCCAAGACCGUGCAUCGAGGGGGCGUCCGGCUGCAGCAGCCUUGCUGGGGUGGGGCGGGAGCGCUGGCCCCCGGGGAGCUGGGCGAGAGGCCGCGGGGCCCUGCCUCCCCGCAGCGUCUCGGUGGGGCCAUCGUUCCCAGGAGCCGUGCAUGCUGGGCACGGCUCCUCGGAGGCGCGAGUUCGCGUUGUCCCCAGAGCUCCCCGGCUCCCCUCACCCCCGCCGCCAUCAUCACCUCCCUUCUCCCAGGAGGCCCGGCUGCCGGUCCGCAGGGACUGCCGGGGAGCAGGCAGCCGCUCCCCCCUCGCUUUGCAGACCAGUCGGCCUGGCCCCCCGCGGUGGCCCGCUGGGGGGGAAGGAAGGCCUUCCGCUUUCCAUCCUCCUCCUCCCCCCUCUCCUCUCAUGAUUUAAUUGCACUAAACGGGAGAGAUGGCUUGAAUUCCGCUGCACCAGAGGAGCGGAGAAGCAAUAAAGGCCUCCCGGCGGGGAAUCUGCCCGGCCUCUGGGCCUGUGCUGGCCUGCGUGGUGCCGGGAACACCGCCGACCUGUCCCACGGCACGACGGCCCCCUCCGGGAGGGCCAGGAGCGUUCCGGGCUUCCUUCCGCUGCCUCCGCUUGCGAACACGAUGGAUUCCUUGGAGGCCUUUCUGCACCUGUGCAGAACUCCGAGGCAAGCGGGGCCCGGUGGCCAUUUCGCCCCCAGCCUUACCCCGCCGUUCCCCUCGCCCCCCACCUGCUGCCCAUCGCCGUACAGAUGGAUCGGUCGAGGUGUCGCUUGGGGAUUUCUGGGGGAGCGGCUGGAAGACGAGGGAGCGCUUCCUCUCCGCCCCGGCUGAGGGGCUCGCAGUUCUGGCGCUUCACCUGGUCUGGGCGCCGCCGACCGCGGCUUGCAUCCCCCGGCCACGCUCCGCGCUUCACCCCAGGCGGGACGAGAAGCCCGUCGCGUGCGUCUUCCGCCAGCCUCACCUUUGGGUCAAACAGUGCCUGCUGAGCCAUGUUUUCAGAAGCUGUGUUUCGUGUCGCUCAGCUUUAGAAAGCAAAAAGCAAGCCUGUGACAUCAGAUAGCCUGUCCAAACUUAGAUUUUAGUCAUCUGAUUUCCACUUGUUUGCAAGCAGAAAAUUAGACGCGUGGAAAUGUUCUUUCCAAAUCUUAAUUAUGUGGAAGCAGAGAAUCAUGGCUUUGCUAAGGGAAUGGUGAUGAUUCCGUUUUUGAAUUGUGUUGUCGCCCAGCUUGCUCGCACAUGCUGUGCCGCCACCGUUUCAUUCUAGGGCUCUUUUCAAAGGCGGCGAUCGCUCACAGUGCUCCGCCAGUCCAGCCUCGUGUGUGUUAGCUGGGGUGUUUUUGUAGCCCCUCAUCUCCCCUCUGGGAAAGAAGGGGUGUUCCUUUGAGGAAGACUGGAGUUUAUAUUUUCAAGAAAAAUAUGGACUACAUUUUUAAAGAUAUAUCUAUAUACUCACAAAAUAUAUAAACAAAACUUGUUGCACUUCAAAUGUCUAUGAAUAUCUGUAUGAAAAAUCUAUUUAGAAACUA